AUGCUCAGGCUGGAGACCAUCCUGUGCACUUUCUCUGUGCUCUAUGUGGCGGCGAGGGCAGAUUUGAAAGCGCGGAAUUGCAGCGAGGUGAGGGAGGCGUGCGUCGGGAAAGGCUUCAGCUUCGCACAUGUUCCUCUCCAGGAGAUCCCAGGUGAACAUCUUCGUGUAUGUCGUCAAGGAAACACGUGUUGCACCCAGGAGAUGGAGGACACGUUUGGCCAACAGAGUAAACAGGACUUUGAAAAUCUGACCGAUGAAACGAGUCAUGAAUUGAGGAGCACCUUUGUUUCCAGACACAAGAGAUUUGACGAAUUCUUCCUGGAGCUGCUGGAGAACACGGAGCGGUCCCUGAACGAGAUGUUUGUGAGGACAUACGGGAAACCCUACAUGCAGAACUCGGAGGUCUUUGAGAACCUGUUUGCUGAGCUGAAACGCUAUUACACCGGAGGGAAUGUUAACCUGGAGGAAAUGCUUAAUGACUUUUGGUCGCGGCUACUGGAGCGUAUGUUCACGCUGCUCAACUCCCAGUAUGUCAUCACUGAGGACUAUCUGGAGUGUAUCAGUAAGUACACCGACCAGCUCAAGCCCUUUGGAGACGUGCCCAGGAAGCUCAAGGCUCAGGUUACGCGGGCAUUCAUCGCCGCUCGCACAUUCGUCCAGGGGCUCUCUGUCGGCCGGGAGGUGGCACAGAGAGUGUCAAAGGUCAGCAGCACCCCAGCUUGUAUGCGAGCGCUGACAAAGAUGCUUUACUGCCCUUUUUGUCAGGGCAUGCCAGCAGUUAAACCCUGUAAGAACUACUGCCUGAAUGUCAUGAAGGGCUGCCUGGCCAAUCAGGCGGACCUGGAUCCAGAGUGGAACCAGUACAUUGAUGCCAUGCUGCUGGUGGCGCAGAGGCUGGAGGGACCUUUCAACAUUGAAUCCGUCAUGGAGCCUAUUGAUGUCAAGAUUUCCGAGGCCAUCAUGAAUAUGCAAGAGAACAGUGCCCAGGUCUCCUACAGGGUUUUUCAAGGUUGUGGCCAGCCGAAGCCCGCAGGAAUGACUAGGUCUACCCGUGGUGUUUCGGAUGUGUUCAACGCCCGCUUCAGGCCGUACAGCCCGGAGGAGCGGCCUACCACUGCAGCUGGCACAAGCCUAGACAGACUGGUGGUUGACAUAAAAGAGAAGUUGAAGCUGUCCAAGAAAUUUUGGUCCGACCUGCCCGAGGCGAUGUGCGUGGAGGACAGAGUGACCGCCGGAAAUGCCAGCGAUGAGGAGUGCUGGAAUGGACACGCCAAGGGCAGGUACUUCCCUGAAGUCCAAAAGGACGGACUGACCAACCAGGUGAAUAACCCGGAGGUGGGCGUGGACAUCACCCGCCCAGACACCUUCAUCCGCCAGCAGAUCAUGGCUCUGAGGGUGAUGACCAACAAACUGAGAAACGCCUACAACGGCAAUGAUAUCUACUUUCAAGACUCGAGUGAUGAGGGCAGUGGCUCAGGCAGUGGCAGCGGCUGCACAGAAGUCUGCCCCACGGACAUGGACGGCGCUGCCACCGAAGCCCCCCCAGUGGUGAAAGCCGACCGAAGCGGGCCCGUGGGUGACUCCGGCCCGCCUCACGCACCCUCUGUAGCCUUGCCAACCAUGCUGGCCUUGUCAGCCCUGGCACUCCACCGACAAUGGAGAUAA